UUUUAAAAUAGUCACGUUAUUAAACAACUUGCUUUUUAUUGGGGCGGCUAAUAGAGCAAACAGAUCUUCACCUAUAUUUGAUUAUCAUCAUCUACAUCCGCCUGUGUUGUGGCUUUAAAUGGUCGAAGACCGUGGUUGCAAUGGUUUAUGGGUUAGAGCAUAGUACCAACACCAGGUUUGUGGGUUAAAUUCCCGCUUGGUUAACAUGCUGAAUGUGUAUCACUUUCAAUUUUGACCGUGCUGUAAUCUCAUUCACCAAACACUUCCUCCCAAUGCUCGAAAACAAAGAUACUGAUUAACUUCCCCUUUCAGCUGCUAUACACAAUUAGCCUGGGGACGAGGUUAACAGUUCUGUUGGUCUGGAUAAAAGGGUCUGCUAAAAGAUCGUGUUAAUAACAAACCACCAAGCUCAUCCAAUGCUGUAUGUCCACUUGAUUGGCAUGUAUUCUAAAAUUAUUUCCCUGUAUUGAGAAUCCCCCCCCCCCAGCCAUUCAACACUUUGUUUAUGGGAAUCCCAGACUUGCCUCCUGGACUGAGGUGUUCCCUUAGCUCAGAUCUAUUUCUGUAGCCUAUGGAUGUCACUGUCCUGCCGAGGGCUGAUACCGUGUAAGUACAACACCCAGGAAUAAUACUGCUCACUUUGCCCCCUGGUUACAAUGGAUGACAUCACUCAACAGAGAAUACUGGGAGGAGUCAUUCUUAAAGACAUAAUGGGAAGUACAUUUUUACCUCGUUUGCUUUGAGUCUAGAACAGCCUCAAUUCAUCAAAACAUGGACUCUACAAGGUGUCGAAAGCGUUCCACAGGGAUGCUGGCCUAUGUUGACUUCAAUGUUUCCCACAGUUGUGUAAAGUUGGCUGGAUGUCUUUUGGGUGGUGGACCAUUCCUGAUACACACUGAUAACCAUUCCCUUCGUCUACACCGAGUGAAGUGAAUUUAACAAGUGACAUAAAUAAGGGAUCAUGGCUUUCACCUGGUCAGUCUAUGUCAUGGAAAGAACAGGUGUUCAUAAUGUUUUGUACACUCGGUGUAUAUUGGCUUGAAUCAACUCACGUAUGACACGCCUGGUUAGUUGCAUAUUAACUAGAACAACUUCUGAAGAACUGUAAAGUGUAAUUUGGAACUGUUGUGAAUGCCUUGGGCAUGACUAAUCUACGAUACCACUUAUCAUAGGGUGGGUUUGUUAUACUAAUCAAUGGGUACUUUUGAAGCAAAUGGAAGGUACCUUCUUCGCAAUGUAGCAGGCUAGAGAAGAGGUGUUGUGUUAUCGCCAGAACGUAAGUCACAGGAGCAUAGACUUGGCUGUUGCAAUCUACUGCACUUCUCAAUCGUAACAUAAAGAGUGGCACCUUCAAAUGGCAGCUCACAGUUCAACCACUCUUGGUCAAGACCCAUGUAUUUCCAAGCUAAUCCUGCUUUUACUUGGAGAGAGACUGAGUGGAAAGAGCUCAGUGGGGAACACCAUCUUGGGCAAGAGGGAAUUUGAAACAGGGAUAAUGACAACUCACAGCUCCAAGAGGAAGGGCACUGUUGCAGGAAGACAGGUGACUGUGGUGGACACGCCUGGAUGGUACGUGGGGCGCAGCACCCCUGGCAGCGUGGCACAGGAGCUGGGGCGAGCCCUGUCCCUCUGUUCCCUGGGGCCCCAUGCCAUCCUCCUGGUGGUCUCUGCCAUAGGGGACUUCAGUCAGGGAGAAUGGAGGGCCAUGGAGGAGCAUCUGAGGCAGAUCCAGGCCCCUAUCUGGCAGCGAGCUAUAGUGCUCCUCACCCACGGAGCUGAGAUACCAAGAGGAACCACCUCUGAGGAACACAUCCGAGGGAAGGGCAAGAGUCUCUUGUGGCUUGUGGAGAGGUGUGGGAACAAGUUCCAUGUUCUGGACAGCCAUGCCAGGGACAAAGAGGUUAAGGUCCAAUUGCUGUUGGAGAAAAUUGAUAGGAUGGUUGAGAUAAAUAGGCGUCCAAGGGAAAUACAGGAGAGGUUGUACACCCAGGUGAGAGAGAGCUUGAGGAUGGGAGGAGGAAAACAAGGAGAGGACAUGGAAAUGCUUGUCAUGCAAGACAUGUGGACAAGGCAGAACCAGCAGGUCACAUCAGUGGUACCCAUAGAGACAUCUAAAUGUAGGCCAGCUGCAUUUGGCCUUGUGCUGCUGGGAAGAAGAGUUUCUGGGAAGAGUUCAGCAGGAAAUACCAUUCUUGGCAGAAGACAGUUUGUUAGUGGCAAAAGAACAGUCCAUUGUGUGGUGGGACAGGGAGAGGUGGAAGGGAGGACAGUCACGGUGGUGGACACUCCCGGCUGGAGUCUAUACGGUCUGUCCAACCCGAAGCAGGUCAGACUGGAGAUGAGAGGCAGUGCAUCCCUGUGCCCCUAUGGGGCUGUUUGUACAUUCCUCUUGGCCAUACCUGUUGACUCCUUCACAGAGAAAGAUAGGUGUGCUGUGGAGAAAUACCUGAGUGUUUUGGGUGAGGGGGUAUGGAGAAGCACCAUGGUGCUUUUCACCUAUGGUGAUGAGUUAAGAGGCAGAACCAUUGAGGAGCACAUUGAGGAGACUGGAGAGCCCCUCCGUGGGCUGCUGGGGAAGUGUGGUCACAGGUACCACGUGUUAGAUAACAAUAUUAAGGGCGACCUCACCCAGGUUAUUGAGCUGCUGCAGAUGGUGGAGCAGUUGUAGACACUGGAUCAUUCACCUCUGCGGAAAACACCCUGUUAUAUAAAAUGUUUGAAAUUAUACAUUGAUGUUAUUUGCGCUAAAUUAUUUAAAGUAAGUUCUUGUAUGGCCUUAUCUAAAACAAUGUUUAUGUUUCUCUGUAUCCAGUCAAAUAAUUUAAAGGUCCUCUGCAGCCAAAAAUGUGGUUUAAUAUAUAUUUCCACACCAUGAGGUUGGAAUAAUACUGUGAAAUUGUGAAAAUUAUGAUAAUGUCCUUUCAGUGAGUUGUUUGAUAAGACCACCUGAAAUUUCUGCCUGUUUUGGUGGGAUAUAGUUUUGGUCUUUCCAUGGUGACAUCACCAUGCUGUAAUUUGACAUUCCUUGAUUAGACUAUAUGUGAAUGAAAACAUAGAUUAUAUUAAUUAAAUCAUGAUUGGCUUGAUUUAAGUUACCAAUGUUAGAUGUAGACAAUUCAGGAAUACUUACUUUUUCCCUAUUGAUAAGAAAUGAUCAUACUGUAUUAAGACUGUAUUACGUUUUUAUUAAUGUAUUAAAUACAUUGGAAAUGAAAAAUAAGUAAACCAACACAAGCUUUACAUUAAUAAAAUGUGUCGAGUAAAUUGCCACAGUAGAUUCUCUCUUGUAAACGAGGAAAUAGCUACUAUCAAUUUCAACGGAAUUGAUAGUUCUCAAAUAGUUAAAUCUGUGUUUAUACUGCUCAAACAUUAGGUUUAAUUUACACCAAACGUAAUACCCACCAGAGGGCUAAAUAGUCUUGAAAAAUGUUGGCAGCAAACAGUGCAGUCAACAUUGUUUUUCCUGUGUUUUGUAUCACAUUGUAGCUGAUGAAACUAACACUGUAAAAGUAAUACCUUUUUUGCACUAUUGAUUAGAGCCUGUAAGUAAGCAUUUCACUGUAAGGUGUACACCUGUUGUAUUCAGCGCACGUGACAAAUAAACCUUGAUUUGAUUUGAAAAUGUGA